AGACUAGCAAUACCCCACAUAGAGCUAUAGAGAUAGAAAGUGCAGCUAUAGUAAGUGCAGCCAUAGAAAGUGCGGUCACAGAAAUUUCUGGAGCAGAAAUUGAGGUAGCAGAAAGUGCUGUCAAAAAUGGGGAUAUCACUGAGAGUGCAGUAACUGAAGAAGGUUUUGUGAUUAUAGAAUGUGUGGACACAGAAAGUAUGGUCACAGAGAAUGUGGUCACAGAAAAUGUUGACACAGAUAGUAUGGUAACAAAGAGACAAGAAGUGGUAGUAGAGAAUGCAGUUGAACAAAUUACAGUGACUGAAAGUGUGCUUAAACAGAGUACAACCACAGAGGGUACGGUCAUUGAGAGUGUGGUCACACAAGAUAAUGCAGUCACAGAAGAGAGUGUGGUCACAGAAGAUAAUGCAGUAACAGAAGAGAGUGUGGUCACAGAAGACAAUGCAGUCACAGAAGAGAGUGUGGUCACAGAAGACAACGUGGUCACAGAAGAGAGUGUGGUCACAGAAGAGAGUGUGGUCACAGAAGAGAGUGUGGUCACAGAAGAGAGUGUGGUCACAGAAGUCUCUUUCCCCUGUCUCUGUCCCUUGGUCCACACUGUUAGUGUGGUGAAAGAAACUCCCUUGGUAACAGAGAGCCCAGUAGCAGCACCCACCCCCUCUUCCAGCCAGACCCAGCCUCAACCGGGUCAGAAGGAGUCUGUGCAGCCCCAGGCCCAGCCUCAGACCCAGGACCCUCGUCGGGGCUCCAACCCAGCAUUAGGCCAGGUAGUAACACGCCUCACAGGGCUGAUUAACGAGCAGUGGGCCCAGCUGGGUAGCAGCCAAGAGAAGCCGGACAAGCAGGAGACCUCCAGCCCCAGCACCCAGAAGCUUGCAGCCGGGCAGGGGAAGCCCGCUGCGGGGAAGCCUUCAACGGGCAAAUCAGCAGGGAAGUCAGGGCCGUCUAAGAUGAGCUCCAUCCAGAGCCAGCUGGUCAGCUCCCUCAGUGCCCUGUCUGCAUUCUACUCCCCUGGACAGAAGGCUGCUGCCAGCAAACAACAAGGUCUGAAAUCCAUCAUGAAGAAGAACGGUGCUGCUGACAAGCAGGGGAACAGAGGAGGAGCCAAGAAGAACCUCAAGUUUGUGGGAGUCAACGGAGGGUAUGAGACCACCUCCAGUGAGGAGGAGUCGAGCGGGGAGGAGAAGGAGGAGGCCGAGGAGGUGGACAGCUCUGAGCCUGAGGAGAUGCAGGAGGAUCAGGGGAAGAAGGAGGAGCAGGAGGAGGGAGCUGGAGAAUCCCAGGGCCAGGGAGAGGACACUGCCACAGAAGAGAUGGCCCAGGGAGCAGGAGCCCAGGCUGGGGAGACAGAGGGCCAGGGAGACCCUCAAGACCCAGAGACCAGCCAGGCACUCCUGGAGGAGCAGCCAGAAGCAGGGGAGACGAUAGAUAAGGACUUCAUGGAGGCUUGUCACUACAUUAAGGAUCGUAUGGCAGAGGUGGCAACCCCUGAUAAAGAAAUGAGACACAUCCUGACCGUGUUGUACCAGGAGUGGUUCCGUGUGUCCAGUCAGAAGGACUCGCUGGCCGACACCGUCACCCUUUACCUGAGAGAGGUGGGCAUCGCCACGCCAACCCUCCUGCGUUACAUCGUAAACCUGGCCGAUGGUAACGGCAACACAGCGCUCCACUACAGCGUGUCCCACUCCAACUUCCCUGUGGUCAAACUGCUGCUGGACACUGGUCUGUGUGAGGUGGACACCCAGAACAAGGCAGGCUACACAGCGGUGAUGCUGGCCUCUCUGACAGCUGCUGAUGGAUCAGACGACAUGGAGGUGGCUCUACAGCUACUGAGACAGGGAGAUGUCAAUGCCCGAGCCAGCCAGGCGGGGCAGACGGCCCUCAUGCUGGCCGUCAGCCAUGGUCGUACAGCCAUGGUGCGGUUGCUGCUGAGCUGCCAGGCUGACCUCAACAUUCAGGACAAAGAUGGUUCAACCGCACUCAUAUGUGCGUGUGAGCACAGUCACGUGGAGAUCGCUCGGAUACUACUCGAGUCUGACCACUGUGACACCAGCCUCACAGACAAGGAUGGUCAGAGUGCUCUUUCGGUUGCGGUGGCGGCCUCCCACAGUGAGCUAGUUGACCUUCUGAAGACCCAUUCUGACUCCACCACCCAGGCCUCUAACCUCUCCUCCACCACCACCUCAGCCACCAUUAUCACCACCACCAUCGCCUCUCUCCUCUGAGUCCUCUCCAGAAUCCCCUCUCUAACCCCUAUCCCACCCCAACAACGGACUCUCCCACCCUAGACCCACCAUAGCCCGGACCCCAUUCGCCAGACCCAACCAUACCCCAGAACCCGUGGAGGACAGACAAAGGCUGUAUUCACCACCACUCAGCUCGCAGGCCUACUGGACCUGUGCUGCAAGGAACCAGAAUAACACACAUUCUUCACAUUUCUGCCAAUAUUCCGUGGGCGGGACUCUGGAGUUAUGUAUCAACCGUUUGGCAGCCAGCCAAUCAGAGAGGGACCUGUGUGUGUCAAUCAAAGAACCCGUAGCCGUGGCGACAGUGGGGAUCGACAGGUGAUCCAUGAAGAGUGCAGAAAGACAACAGAAGGAUGAUGGAUUGAUGCUUUCCAAAAAAAAAUGCUCUUCAGACUAAAAUCUUCUUAAGCACACAUGAUCUACCUUCAAAAUGUGUCAUAUUAUUAUCAAUAAUAUGUUUUUUCUUCCUUUUUAUUCCAUUGAUGACAUUACUAUUAUUUUAUAUUUGGACAUAAGCCAUUUAUUAAACCAUAAAGUCAAUGUUAUAAUAGUGUUUUAUCAGAUAAUCAAACUAUAUUUAUUUUGCGUUGCACUUUGUUUUACUCUGUUUGAUUGAUAUUCACACUGUACAUAUCAUAUCCAUGCUUGGUUUGUUUUCAUCAGUAUGACUUAACGAUUGACUCACUGGGACGUCUUCCAACAUGAAGGGUGUAUAGUAGGAUGCAGCAUGCAGCAAUAUAAUAACAAAAGGCAGAAUCUUCCGAAGCUACUAAACUGCAGUAUGUUGUAGUAACUCUCCACUUACUACUCUUCUCAACUAUCUACAACUAUUUUUCUCUUUCUCGCUCUCAUGCACUAGCCUGGUCUCAGAGCAUUUCAUAUGUUUCUGUACGUACAGUAAAUCCUAGACACUCCAUUUAGUAUAUGUUACGUUUCGUAUGGUAUGUAUUCAAAUGUGGUUAUCCAUCACCCAUUUCGUAUGAUAUAUUACAAAUUACAAUUCAUAUUAUAUGUUACGAAUUUUCAUAACAAACAAUAUUUAAUGAAUUUGCUAAACGUAUGAUAUGUAAUGAAUUCUAGCUAGGUGGCUAAUGUUAGCUAGCGCGCUAACGUUAGCUAGGCUAGUGGUUAGGGUUAAUUAUUAUUAUUAAAUUUUUUA